AUGGGAAGCGGUGAUCUUCUUCUCGAAGUUCGCGACAAGCCACAGUACGACAGACUCUCAAAACUUGCAGCGUUUGGGGACAUUCCUGUCUCAGUAGGCCCACUCAGGACAAUGAAUACAGUGCGCGGGGUCAUCUCGGAAGAUGACCUUCUGGACCUUAGUGAAAAUGAAGAAGGUGAAACGGAAGAGCCGUCAACGUCAAGCGCAAGAAGUUUCCUCUGGAAGCAAGUGAACCAUCCGCGGACAUGCCACCCUCAAUGGGAAGACGGUCUUCCAGACCCUCCAGAUGAGCCGAAAGCUCCCAUUGCGUACUUCCGGUAUUUUUUUGAAGACAAGCUUCUUGAGGAGAUUACAGACCAGUCCAAUCUCUAUGCAGUGCAGAAGAAUGCCAACAAAGCAUUGUGCCUAACACGCGCUGAACUGGAGCAGUUUCUUGGGGCCACAAUGUAUAUGUCCAUAUACAGGCUUCCGCGAUCGCGCAUGUACUGGAACCGCGAGAUGCGAGUAGAAAAAGUGGCAGAAGUUAUGUCACGUGACAGGUGGCAAGCGAUAAAGAACAGCCUUCAUUUCAACGACAACAAUCUCCUACAAGCAAAUGCUGGCAAAGACAGGCUCUUCAAAAUUCGACCACUCAUUGACAAUCUGCUGCUCAAAUUUCAAAUCCUUCCAAAGUCACAGAUGCUGGUGGUCGACGAGCAAAUUGUGCCGUUCAAAGGCCGCUCCUCACUCAAGCAGUACGUCCCUAGCAAGCCUCACAAGUGGGGCUACAAGAUUUUUGUACUUUGCGACACCCACGGACUUGUCUCUGACUUCUCUAUAUACACAGGGGACAUCCGCCCUGUUCCUGGAUUACCUGACCUUGGAGCAAGCUCUAAUGUUGUGCUCGAGCUUUCGCGCUCCAUCCCAGAGAACAAGAGCUACUUGCUCUUUUUUGACAACUGGUUCACAUCCAUAAAACUGCUGGUAAAUUUGCAUCAGCGUGGUAUUCCAGCAAUGGGAACUGCACGCGCAAACAGAAUUUCUGGAUGCCGACUGCCCAGCGAUGCAGAAAUGAAGAAGAACGGUAGAGGAAGCCACGUGGAGAGGCAGGCUACUAUUGAAGGGGUCGAAGUCCGAGUAGUGAAGUGGUACGACAGCCGGGGAGUGAAUAUUGCUAGCACAUUCGGGAGUGCCCAGCCUCUAGGAAGCUGCCAGCGGUAUGACCGCAAAAAGAAAGAAAGAUGUGAAGUUGAGCAGCCAGCCAUUGUGAAGGCUUACAACACUUUUAUGGGUGGAGUCGACCUUCUCGAUGGGCUCAUGGCGUACUACAGAAUUUUUCUGAAGUCGAAGAAAUUCUACCUGCGAUUUUUUUUUCAUUUUGUGGACAUGGCUGUUGUGAGCAGCUGGCUGCUCUACCGGAGGGAUUGUGAUGCUCUAGGAAUCCCAAAGAAACAUCAACUGGAUCUUCUAGCGUUCAAGGCUUCUCUAGCCAGCUGCCUGUGCAAUCAAAACAACGACGUGAUGAAGAAGAGGGGCCGGCCGUCUCUUUCCGUGGAAGGAGAGCUUGAGAAGAAGAAAAGAAGAGGACCAGCAGCUCCAACACCUAAUGCUGAAGUCCGUCAAGACAAUGUUGGCCACUGGCCUGAAGUGUCGCAGCAACGACAACGAUGCAAGAUGCCUGGCUGCAAAGGCCAACCUGUUUCCUUCUGCACAAAUGUUUUUGAGAUUGGCGGUUAUGUCACACGACAGCAGCAAAUGGUUUUGCACCUUCUCAUCAGGGGACACAUUGACUUCAAGAACGGCGAAAUUUAA